GAAGCUCGAUGUUAAUGGAAGAUGCAACAUAAAAAAUUGUGGGAAAGUCAUAUUUUACCGUUUAAACUGAAUUAAAUUGUAAAACAUAACAGUUUGGAUGACGACAUCCAGUAUCAAGGUUCUACCACAAUCCAAUAAUUUUAGUGCCCCUGCACAACAGUUUUCUGUAAAAGAUAAAGGAACUAGAAUAUCUAGUCAUAAAGAUGUCAUUUUUAAAGCAGCCAUGACCCGAAGAGCUCAGCUGGUCAUCGAAAUAUCCAGUUAGGACUAGGAGAGAUGAGUCGCUACAGGGUCUGCUUGUGCUUCACCAUAAAGUUUAGAAUCGUGGAGGCAGAACCACCGCAGGACGUCAAAGAUGCCUUCAAGAAGUACGCCAAGGAUGGAGAGCACAUGACGGCAGAGGAGCUGCAGCAGUUCUUGGUGGCUGUUCAGGGUGAAGCCGGAGCGUCCGUGGCUGAGGCGGUGGGGAUGGUGGAAAAGGUGCUUCAGGAACGGCAUCACAAUACCAAGACGGUGAGGCACACUCUUACCCUCGAGGAUUUUCAACAUUACCUAUUCUCUGCGGAUCUAAACCCCCCUAUUCGUGAUAAGGUGCACCAUGACAUGGAAGCUCCUUUGUCCCAUUAUUUCAUAUUUACCGGCCACAAUUCAUAUUUGACUGGAAAUCAGCUCUCGAGUGACUCCAGCGAUGUCCCCAUCAUAAAAGCAGUGAAGAACGGGGUAAGAGUGGUGGAGCUAGACCUAUGGCCCAAUUCAGAUAAGAGUGCUGUCGAAGUUCGACAUGGAGGGACAUUGACAACUCCAGUGGAACUCACUAAAUGUUUGCAAUCUAUUAAAGACAAUGCUUUCACUGAAAAUCAAUACCCUGUUAUUAUUACUCUUGAAGACCACCUAACCCCACCUCUUCAGAAAAAAGUUGCUCAGGUGAUUACUGCUACAUUUCAAGAGAUGUUGUUUCGUCCGGACGAGUGUGAAGGUUUAAAAGAAUUUCCUUCACCAGAAGAUCUGAAAAAAAGGAUUAUCAUAUCAACCAAGCCUCCCCAACAGUUUACAGCUGAUAAUGAAGACAAAAGUAACAAUAACUCAAACAAGGGAAAGCGUUGGAGGCUUGGCGCCCCUCCCUUACCAUUCACACUUCCUAAAUUUUUUAAAUGUGGGAGUGGAGCAUCAAAGAAAGGGCCAAGAAAAAACUACUCAUCUGAUCAAGAAGAUGAAGCUAAGAUUGAUGAGGAUGAUGAUCAUUCAAGCGAGUGCAGUCAAGAUAAUGAAGACAAUGAUGCAUCUGAUCCUGGAUCAAUGCAAUCAAAAGCACUUGAAUACAAGCAUCUUAUUUCCAUUCAUGCUGAAAAACCCAAGGGUGAGUUGAAGGAUGCACUAAAAGUGGAACUUGAUAAAGUUAAACGCAUUAGUUUCAGUGAAGGAAAACUUAAAAGGGCUGCGUUGUCCCACGCAAUGGAAGUUGUAAGAUUCACCCAGAAUAAUGUUUUGAGGAUAUUCCCCAAGGGUACUCGUUUUAACUCCUCCAAUUACAACCCGUUAACUGGUUGGAUGCAUGGAGCUCAGAUGGUUGCGUUUAACAUGCAGGGCCAUGGUAAGUAUCUUUGGUGGAUGCAAGGGCUGUUUAGAUCCAAUGGAGGGUGUGGUUAUGUGAAAAAGCCUAAGAUUUUGAUGCAGGGUGACAAGGUCUUUGAUCCAAAAGCAGAAUUUGUGGGGGAGAAAACUAUAUUAAAGGUAAAAGUGUAUAUGGGAGAUGGUUGGCGUUUAGAUUUUAAACGAACUCACUUUGAUUCUUAUUCCCCACCAGACUUCUACGCGAGGGUUGGGAUAGCAGGAGUGCCAGCUGACAAGACGAAAAUGUAUGAAACAAAAGAGAAAAAUGACAAUUGGACUCCUGUUUGGAAUGAAGAAUUUACAUUUGAGUUGACUGUUCCUGAACUGGCUUUGCUUCGAGUUGAGGUCCAUGAUCGUGAUGAGAUUGAAAAAGAUGACUUUGCUGGCCAAACUUGUUUGCUUGUCUCAGAACUAAAGAAGGGAAUUCGAGCAGUACCCCUGUACAAUAAGAAGGGAGACAAGUACAACUCUGUAAAAGUGUAUAUGGGAGAUGGUUGGCGUUCAGAUUUCAAACGAACACACUUUGAUUGUUAUUCUCCACCGGACUUCUAUGCAAGGGUUGGGAUAGUAGGAGUGCCAGCUGACAAGAAAAUGUAUGCAACAGAAGAGAAAAAUAACAAUUGGACUCCUGUUUGGGAUAAAGAAUUUACAUUUGAAUUGAUUGUUCCUGAACUGGCUUUGCUUCGAGUUGAAGUCCGUGAUCAUGAUGACAUCGACAAAGAUGACUUUGCUGGUCAAACUUGUUUGCUUGUCUCCGAACUAAAGCAGGGAAUUCGAGCAGUACCCCUGUACAAUAAGAAGGGAGACAAGUACAACUCUGUAAAGCUUCUCAUGCGCUUUGAUUUUGUCUGAGACUCAAAAUCUUUUGUCCUCUGUACUUAUUUCCAUUUUUUUUUUGUUAUUAAUUACUCUAAUUUUUUUUUUUUGUUUUCUGCCUGGUAUUCGGGGCUUAACCCCCGACUAAUCCGGACUCGAUCCACGUCACCUGAAAAUAAUGGGUGAGUCUCCCAACAAAGACUGCUGCAUACACAAUAUCUCGAACUCGAGAUCUUGCUUAAGCUGGAACAAAUCGUUUACCAAUUCAUCCAAUCCGUUGUUGAUUAUUAUUAAUUACUCUGUGACUGGUGUUCUUCUAUGUGCUCUUCCCCUGUUUUCCUCUGUACUACAACUAGUUACCAUCAUUUUUUUUUAAGUAUUUGACAGUUGAAACUGUAAAAUAAUUAUAAAAUAU